AUGGCGAUCCAAUUCUGUAGCCCAUGCGGAAAUACUCUCGACAUCUCUCCGAAUUCAACAAUCCAGUGCGACUGCUGUGGUUCUAUGAACAAGAACAAAUUCUUAGCAGGCAUAUCAACUACUUCAUCAACUAACAAUUUCCCUUCUGAGCUUCGCCGGAAACGACAAACGACGCAGCAAUUACCGAGUUUGGCUUCCGUGGAUACUUGGCCUACGACCAGGGAAACAUGCCCAAAAUGUGGCGCGAAGGAAGUCCGAUACACGACCCUACAAUUAAGAAGCGCCGAUGAAGGAACUACUUUAUUCUAUUACUGUUCGGACUGCUCAGAGAGGUAUGCACAUGAGCUCUUUUGA